AUGGCGUCAAAAUACUUUGGCCUUUUCGUCCUUUUCCAGCUUCUAGCACUGAAUGUAGUGAGCCAGAUAUCUGCCUUCCCCACACCUACAGCCUCAACGGAUGAUAAAACUGUGUACAACAGACAGCUGACAGAAGAGAGGCCCCUACAAGAGCAGAUUGCUGAGGCAGACAGCGUGAAGGCUGCGGUGCAGUCAGCUGAGAGCAAGCGUCCCUCUGCCUCCAAGGACGCAGAGUCAGAGCAGGACCUUGAUGACUUCACCGUGCUGAAGUCACUGGCUGAUGGCCAGAAAUCAAAGGAAACCACUGAGGUGCCGCUCAAGAAGGAGGACCAGUACGUCCCAGAUGAGUCAGACUCCACCAAGAGCCGGCGCCUGGCUGAGGACUACGACUCCACCAAGAAUGGGAUGGACUACGGCAAGUACCAGGAUGACCCAGAAAGCUUCCGCCAGGUCGACGGCACUCCGCUGACAGCAGAGGACAUUGUCCAGAAGAUCGCAAACAAGAUUUACGAGGAGGACGACAGAGGGGUGUUCGACAGGAUCGUCUCAAAACUGCUCAAACUGGGGCUGAUCACAGACAGCCAGGCGGAUACUCUGGAGUACCAGGUGGCUGAGGCACUCCAGGAUCUCAUCACCGAAAACGCCAAGAACAAUGAGAUUGAAGAUGUUGAAAGCAACAACCAAGAAACCAGAGGACAGCAGGACGACCAGGGUUCGGACGCGAACAGGGAUUCGUGGGGGCCACCCAGACGCCGCUACAAUGAAGACGAAGAGGAUGAGGAAGAAAAUGAUGACGACACUGAGGACGAGGUGGACAGGGAUGCAGAAGAAGAGGGAGGUGACACAGCCGACAACAACUGGGACAAAGAAGAGGGCAACGAGGUGAGUCCCGAAGACGGGCUCAAGGACCUGCAGUACUUCCCCAACUUCUACCGUCUGCUCAGGAGCCUCGACUCAGAUCAAGACACUCAAGAAAGAGAGACAUUGAUCACCAUCAUGAAGACACUGAUAGACUUUGUGAGGAUGAUGGUGAAGUACGGCACCAUCACGCCAGAGGAGGGAGUGUCCUAUCUGGAGAACCUGGAUGCUAUGAUAGCCAUGCAGACCAAGAACAAGCUGGGAAAGUCUCUGGGGCCUCCGGACUUCAUUGGACCCAACGGAAAAAUCUUGGAUGAGGACGACAACACGAAGGCUGAGGCCGCCAAGAUGCAGAAGGAGUAUGAGAACCUGAAAGACUCGACCAAGGAGGAGCAGCCAUCAACUGAGACCAAUCAGCCUGGCAAGUCAGAGACUUUCCUGGAGGCCAUCAGGAAGAACAUCGAGUGGUUGAAGAAACACAGCAAAGAAGAAGGCAAAGAUGAUUAUGAUCUGUCCAAACUGAAGGACUUCAUGGAUCAGCAGGUUGACUCCUACAUCGAGAAGGGCAUCAUCGCCAAGGACGAGGGCGACACCAUCAAGAGGAUCUACAGCAGCCUGUAACGCUGUCACCCAUCCUCCAACCGACCUCUGGCCUAAAACACAGGACUGAAUCUGACAUUAACAUCUCAAUCAAAACCCCGACUAUUUACAGUUACUUCCCAUGGCAUGGUAAAAUAUAUACUGUGUAUUCAAAACUACCUGCUUAGGGGAUCUUGUUUACCCUCUUAGACAUUCCCAAAACGUAUCAAGAGAAGGGAUUUAAUAAUACUACCAACAAAACAGUCAAAUGAUUCUUUACAGCUACCUAACUGAUUAUAUUUGCACGCCAAGAUCGCAGAGUAAUAAUCACUAGAAUAUUAUUGAGAGAGAAAUCAAAGUAUUUUAUGUAACCAACUCACACGUCCAACUACAUGCUAGCAUUUACUCCAACCUGACUCCUGUGGGAAAUGAAUGUUAUGAGAGUAUGAUGCUGUAGCUUUGUCAUCAACUGGUUCCAACUUUUUUUUUUUUUGCAACAAAAUGCACAUAUAUCAAGUUGUACUCAUUCUGUGUAACCUGUCAUAGCCUAUUAUAUUUCUUUAUUUUCCAGUGUAUAUGUGAGAUCUUAAUGUAUUCUUGCUUUUUAUUUUACCAAAAAUAUAUUUGUCGUGCAUCAUGUCAGUGCCCUCCGUACUCCUGCUAUGUUCUGUUGUAAUUCUUCUGGGGGCCCACUAGGGGGCCGUGUUUGUAUCAUCAACUCUCUCUGCAUGUCUCUGUGAGUUCAACAUUUCCAUCUCUGUAGAGACUACGGAUAAGUAUUUUUAAAUGUAAAUAUUUGUGAUUUUUUCCUAAAGUUUAAAAGCAAUUAAAACAUUGCCUUUUCU